AUGAAUCGCUUCAUAGGUUUAUGCUUGGAUGGUCCACAAAUGCUAUCUUUGUGGAAGUACUGCUCGCGCGGAAGUAUUGAUGACGUUAUCAGAGAUAACGCAAGCAAAAUGGACGGUUUUUUUGUGUUUCUGUUGCUAAAGGACAUAGUCUUAACUGAUUCUAUUCAGGCGCUUGGUUUCCUGCAUCGAUCACCCAUUCGGUGUCACGGAUUUCUGACUUCAAGAAACUGUUUGGUUGAUGAACGCUGGGUAGUGAAGGUAUCAGACUACGGCUUGGACAGAUGGCGACUUGGCGACAAACCAACACAGAAAGGUCAUUUUCACCAGACCGAAAAUCGAAGCUCCGUCGCUAAAAAAACAUUGUAG